AUGUCUGGGACAUUUCGACAGGCGAGAUCCAUAGAAAGCUUGACGGCGAGAUGCGUAAGAGCAAUGGGGAGGGGUGACUUCUCACCCGAUGGUAUAUUUCUAGCAUCUGCGGCUAAUGAUAUCACACUGUGGAAUACUACCACUGGCGAGAUACACCGAACGAUUGAGGGCUAUCUUAAUAUGUUCAACUCCGUGACGUUCUCACCCAGUGGGUUGUUUUUGGCAUCUGGAGGUCAUGACAACACAGUUAAACUUUGGAAUACUAUCACGGGCCAUAUACAUAAAACUCUUGAUGGCCAGUCUGGUGCUGUUAACUCUGUGGCAUUUUCACCUGAUGUCAAAUUAUGGAAUACCAUGACGGGUGCUAUACAUAAAACAUUCGAAGGUCAUUCCGGAGGGGUGACUUCCGUGGCAUUCUCGCCCAAUGGUAAAUCGGUGGCAUCUGGAUCUAAUGACAACACACUCAAACUCUGGAAUACUAUGACGGGGGCUCUACGCAAAACACUCUAG